AUGGUGUGGUGGAACUCUCCAGUAUCUCUUUUUCAGUAUUUUAGUAAUCUCGACAGUGAUGACUUGCAUGUUAGCGAAAGUUAUGAACAGGAUAUUCAUGGCAUUCCAGAAAUAGGACAACAACGAGAAUACUCCUGCAGUACGUAUGCGGAACGGAGAACUUAUGGUAGAGAUGAAAAUGGUGAACUUGUUGUUCAUAUUGAAAAGGAUCCUGAAGUACCAGUGAAACCAGUGAGUCCCGUGAGACCAGUGAGUCCCGUGAGACCAGUGAGUCCAGUGAGACCAGUAAGUCCAGUACGACCAAUAACACCGGUAGAACCGCUCGGUCCAAUUACUUCAUCAAAAAAUACUUGUUGGUACCGACAUUUAAAGAAAACAAACAAUAACUGUAACCGAUGUAACAAAACAGUACAUGGUGGCCGUCCAGUCACACCGGUACAACCUUUUGACAUCUUGCCUGCUUCAAUCCCACGUAUUCAAAUUGAUAAAGCUAGCACAAAUGGUUUUUCAUCGCGAAGUCAUUGCAACAACACCACUUUUUACGAGCACUCACCGCGGUCUGAUGACUCCCAUGGCUUUAUUUCCCAGUCAAGUCAUUCCGGUAGCGGUGGUACAGUACCUUCAAUAAACGCUAUUUCUAUAGCUAAUUCGAUGGUGCCACUUAAAAAAGUUACAAAAGAAAGUCGAUGGAUAUCAGUGCAUGAUGGACGACCGGUCAGCCCUUACGUUAGAACUGUCACAUAUGUCCCCAAAUAUUCUGAUCAGGAAUAUGUUCUGAAUACAUGCAACAACAGAAGUUAUCAUUGUAAUGACGGAUACAACCUACAACCAAAGUGA